AUGGUGGUCUACGUCGGCAGCAUGACGGAUGAGGUGUUCGAAGAAACUGCUCUGUAUAAGGAGAUAUUGGAGAUCGUGCCUUGGCCACUGCUUACUGACAAAUCGUCGCUGGCAUCGGAUCGUCUGCUGCUGCGAGCACAAUCGCAUCUCGCGUCACAGAUCGCCGCGUUCGCCGACUGCUGGCUGCGAUUCGCACCGACAUCGCGGCGAAUCACCAUGAGCGACAUCGCGGCGAUUCGCUUCGAACACGCAUCAUUCAUGGAAACAGCCGGAGAUGCGAUCUUUAAACAUGUUUAUCCAUCGUGGGCCGUUAACGAAUUGCUCAUCCAUCGGAUCGUGGAGAACGAAUAUGACGACAUCUUAAUUGAUGAGCACUGCUAUGCUCGUGGAGAAGUGUUCGGUUGGAAAUCGGACUGUUACAGGACCAUCCAAGAUGAGAAAAAGAAUUCAAGUGUGGAAACGAUUUUGUUGAGGAAAUCGAGAUUGCUGCCAACUGCCACCAAUUACCAAAACGACAUCGAGCGAUGCCUACAGUACAAACCGUCGCAAGUCGAAAAAUCGUCGGUUAUGAAGCUGGAGUUUGAUCUGGAAAAGAAACGACAAGAUCUCGACCCGUGUGAACUGCGGUUACGAAGGGAAAGUAUGCGAUGUCGCGUUGCCGUCAAAUACAGCAGCGUCAUGUUUCGCGAGCGAAUGAAGAUCAGCCUAGUGAAGAAGAGGGGUUUACUGUCGUUCUCACACGGGUGCCACCUCUGA